AAAAGCCACAGCACGAUAAAUGCCCGCUCAGUAAAGAUUCGUGAUGCAAGUGGCAGCAGGCAAAAGCCACUAAUAAAUUAGCUGAAUUUAAGCAUAAGCCAGCUCUUCCUCAAAUGAUUUUUAAUGCUAUUAAGCCAAUCUAUGAAUAAUUAAGCAGUGACGAUCUUCUUAAACGUUGUUUAGGUGGCUACACCCAAAACAGUAAUGAAAGUUACAACGCUUUGAUUUGGUCAAUGGCUCCAAAAUCAAUUUCCAGCGGCAAAGUUAUUAUUGAUACAGCAAGUAAUAUUGCUGUUUGCAUGUACAAUGAAGGAUAUUCAAACCUUAUGAAGAUUAUGAAAGAAUUAAGCAUGACAAUUGGACCGAAUUGCUACAAUUACUGCCUCGAGACUGAUGCACGGCGCAUCAAAUAUUCAGAACGCUCGUUGACAGAUGCUGCAAAAGAGGCUCGAUCAUCACUAAAAUCGGCUAAGAAGGAUCAGGAGGAGGAGAACAUCAAUGAAGAAGGCCAAUUGUAUGGUGCAGGUAUCGCAAAGCAAAGAGCGAAAAUUGGAGCAGAUUUCGUUCCGGCCGUGAGGCAUUUUCCGAAACGAGUGGUGAUCGUUGCUGAGCUCUGUCACCGCCAUUUUGUAAUAAAAAAUGCAAAAAAAUUUUUGUAUAUUUCAAAGCGCGACGCCCACCGCUGCCCCACUCUCACUCGAGCCUCAGCGGCCGAGCCGCCGAUCGCUCUGCCUCAGGAGCGUUGUUGA